UCCCACCUCUAGCCUAGCCAUUACGUUCUGGUCGGCUCAAAUCAAAGCAACAAAAUAUAGUGCAUUGCUCGCAAAAGCGCCAGCAGAGCGCAUUUUGGCCAAAACUGUGCAAGAAUAGUGAACGCGUUUGUGAAAAGGCAAACGCGCAAAUGGAUAAAAUGCUCGUUUUUAGUUUCAAUAUCAAACGAAAAACAAAAACCAAGAAGUGUGAUAUUUUCAAAUAGCAAUUAAUAGUUUUGCAAGCGAAUUCAAAUAAAGCUCCUAAAACCAAACUGCCGCCGAGAGAGGAGCGUACGUUUGCAUGUAUGGCUGUGUAAGUAUGUGUGAGUGAGUGUGCAGCGAAGUGCGAAAGAAAAACGAUAAAAAAAAUAAACGAAAAAAAACGUCAAGAAGUUACGCCGCAUUAGGCUGAUAAAAGCGCACAAAGCAGAAACCAGUGAAAAAUAUACAACACGAAGCGAGUGAAAAUAGAAAAUUAAUAAGCAACAAGAGAAGAAGCAGCACAACGAUCAGCAAAUUUGUAAAGUGAUCAACGUAUCAAAGCAACAAAAGAGCAAAAAAAUCGAAAUAAUUUUUCGAGUGUGAAACAAUUUCUAUAAAUACUGAAAAUCCAAAUCCUCCGUGAACACAACUGGCAGCAGAUUCAAUCGAUCACAAGUACAACACAACAACAAGUGCUAGGCGGGGGAAAGAUAACCCCAUCAUUGGAAGUCGGACGUUGUUGCCGCCGUUGUCGUUGUUACUGUCCGGCAACUGAUAUUUAGUUCCCAGGCAUAGGCUUCGAGCACGGCUCACACACACACCACACACACAUAGACGGCCUCAAAAUGUCAACGAUGGACGUACGAAACAACUCCGCAAUGAUGAAGCGUGCCGAGCAGCUCAAGCGCUGGGAGGAGUCGGACACAAAUCGAGCCGCUGCCACACCACGCCACGAGACUGGCCGUCGCAUCAAGUUCAGCUCCGGUUGUGUAUUUCUAGCUGCCUGCUUGUCCAGCGACAAAGCCGAGGUGCUGCAGUUACUCGAUCAAGGCGCCGACAUCAAUACGGCCAAUGUGGAUGGUCUGACGGCAUUGCAUCAGGCUUGCAUUGACGACAAUCUGGAGAUGGUGGAGUUUUUAAUUCUACAUGGCGCUGAUAUUAAUAGACAGGAUAAUGAGGGCUGGACACCGUUGCAUGCCACCGCAUCUUGCGGUUUUGUGAGCAUAGCCCGCUACCUGGUGGAGAAUGGCGCCGAUGUGGCUGCUGUCAAUAGCGAUGGUGAUUUGGCGGUGGAUUUGGCCAUAGAUGUGGAACACCGCCCCAUGAUUGACUAUAUGCAGAAAGUGGUGCGGGAACUCAACAUCGAUGUGGAGCAGGCGCGCAAAGCUGAGGAGCAGGCCAUGCUCAACGAUGCCAAGAAAUGGCUCCGUAGCGAUGCCUCGGAAAUGGAUCGACCACAUCCCAAAACUGGUGCAACGGCUCUGCAUGUGGCCGCAGCCAAGGGCUAUACGAAUGUGCUCAGUUUGCUGCUUGCCGGCCGGGGCAACGUCGAUCGGCAGGACAAUGAUGGCUGGACGGCGUUACAUGCGGCCGCACAUUGGGGUCAAAAGGAAACGGCCGAAAUGCUUAUCGAGUCCCAGGCCGACAUGGAUAUACGCAACUAUGCCGGCCAGUCGUGCAUCGAUGUGGCCGAUCGCAAAAUGGUCAAAUUUUUGGAAGAACUGCGCGCCAACAAGCGCAACAAACGUCGUCCAUCUAGUCAAAUCAGCAGAAUCUCAGAUACGUUUGAAAAUCAUGUGGAUAAAACGCCCACGAAAUUGGUGCGUGUGGAAGUGAGAACUGAUGCCACAAAGGACGCCGACAACCUAAAAACGAAUUCAAAUCAACAAAUCCAUGCAACCGAACAUCCUGUCGAGGAAGAGGCGCCCUGGCGACGCAAAACGCCGCGCACCCCUAACGACAGUCCCACUAAGAAUCAAGUUCCUGAUAAAGAGCUCACUGGCAAGAGCUCUGAAAGCAAUGACGUCAUACUGCGACGAACGCAAAGCUUCGAAAAUGAUCAAAAAUUCUAUCAAAAGUACCAUGAGCUGCGGGCACGCAUAAAGGCGAAUUCAUGUCCCACAUUGCCGGCGAGUGCGACAAAUCCGGGCAAUAAUGCUACUACCAAUACCAAUUCCAAUAACAACAAUAACCUAAGUAGCAAUAACAAUAAUAACAACAAUAACAACAAUAAGAGCGCGUUGCAAUUAGGAUAUGCUGCUAAUAACUCAGCUAAUCAGUACACAACAACCACUACCACCACCACAACAACAACAAGCACCACCUUCAACACCACAACAACAUCCAACACAAACACCGCCAACGCUAGAGCAACUCCAGCAGCAGCAGCAGCAACAACAACAGCGACAACAACAAAUCAAAGUCAAAUUUAUUCCGUACAAAGAUCGGCUUCCCUCAAAGAUAAUUCAAUGUACUACAGAAAACCUAUCGCCACGUUUGGUAAUGCGACACCCACAACACCCACAACGACUGCAACAACACUCAGCUCACCUUCGACAGCGGUGCAUACCCCACCAGUUCGCAGCAAUACUAUCACGACAAACACUGCCCCGAACAAUAAUGGCAACAGUGGCAACUCAGCGAGUGCCAGCGACACGGAACUGCCAAAGCCCAAGCAAUCGACUGGCAAUAUAUUCAAAAACUUUUUCAAAUCCUUUGUGCCGCCUGUCCGCGAUGAGGAAAGCGAAACACAACGGAAGGCGCACGCGAAACGCGUGCGUGAGACUCGACGCUCGACACAGGGCGUUACGCUCGACGAGAUCAAAAGUGCCGAGGAGUUGGUCAAGAAGAAGAAUUUGGGCAUGAACAACAAUAACAAUAAUAAUAACAACAAUAGCAGCGGCAAUGAAACGCAAGCCACAAGCUCCACAUCGACCACAACAACAACAACAACAUCACCAACAUCUACAACAACCAGCAACAUUAUCAACACACAAGAGCCACAGCCACCACCACCGCCCACAACGCCACCGCCAGCCAUUAUACCAACAAGCAGCGAUGAAACAGAAAUCGAGGCUGUAUCUGCGAUUUCCGAAAGUGCUGAUACCACUGCAAGUUUCACGAUCGCUGCGCCUGCGCGCCGCCAACAUGAUGGUGAUGGAGACGGCGUUCCCCAUGUGGUAGAGCCGAUAAUUGCUCGCGAAAACGACGAUGCAGAUCGUGAGGACGAUAGCGAGACCUCCAAUGUGGUCAGUGCCAGUUACACAAUAGUCUCGAGACGCGAAAAGCCUGCCCAAGAGACAAGCAGCAGUAGCAGCAACAACAACAAACUAAAGACUGAUGAAGUUGCCAAGAAUACUGAACCCGAAACUCAUGCAUUUGCAUUGCAUUUAAGACCCACAGAGUUGCCUCUGGGCACAGAUGCCACCAAAACUGUGACAACAACAACGCCAGUGGGCCCAACAACACCCACCGCCCUUGAAAGUCCAGUGCGCUUGCGGGACAAGCGUAGUAUGAGCAGCGCCGGCAACGAUGCGGACAACAGAUCCGAUACCGGUUCGCUAGUCUCGCCCAUGGCCGGGCACAGUGAUUUUAAUGCACGCGACUCUCUGCUCAGCUAUGCGAGACGCACUGAGGGUAGUGGGGGCGAAGGUGCUGGCGCUACUAUCGCACCAGCAACAACAACCGCACCAGCAGCAGCAACAACAACAGCAACGGCAGCAUCAUCCACAUCAACUGCGGAGCGUCGUCCGUCUUGGCGCAUAAAGUUCGAUGCGGGCUCAAAGUUCAAAUUGGAGGACAACUACCCGCCCAAUAAUAGCACGAUCAUACCAAGUGCGCCUGCGGUUAUAGCAGCAGCCACAACCGGCUCGCAGAGACGCAUUAGCAGUGGUUCCAAUGCGCUCAAUGCUUCGAACCAAUCGUUAAACUCGGUAGGUCGUCCGGUGUCAGCGCCAAGCGUCGGCAGCCAGAACGAAAACACAAACAAUAGCGCUUUUGUCCUUCCUCCUGCUCGCAAAUAUGACUCAUCGACCACAACGGCCACAGCGAACACUGCCAACUCAACGGCCACAGCGAACACUGCCAACUCAACGGCGGCUUCAGCAGCAGCAUCAACAGUCGUAGGAGGUCCAGCAGCGACAAACGCCAGCCCCGAUGAUAAGGAUAACGACAAGGAGAACGAUAAUCGUACACAAACCGCUAUUCAACGACGUCGCAAACCGAAACGUCGUUCUACUGGUGUCGUGCACGUUGAUAUGGAUGAAAUUGAUCCGGAACGUCAAAAUGAGUCAUCCAAUAAUGAUAAUGAGGAGAAGGAGAGUGGCAGUGAGCGAACUUCACGCUCGCGACUGGGCAGCACAACGAGCACGGCAACGACGAGUGCUUCCAGCGAGUCGAAAACAACGAGCAGCGACAAAACAGAAAAUGGCGAUGGUAUAGACUACAAGGCGCUCUGGGAAGCAGCCAAAUUGGAGAAUGAUAAGCUCAAGCAAAUGCUGAAGCAGAAGGACGACGAAGUUGUACAAACGCGUGCCACACUCGAGCGUUUUGCCAAUGCGACAACUAAAAAUUCACUCUCUGAGAUUGAGAAACGUGAAAGAAGAGCUAUGGAACGCAAGCUUUCCGAAUUGGAAGAAGAGCUCAAGCUCUUGCAGAAGCUAAAGACUGAGAAUGACCGUCUGCGUGCCGAGAAUCGCGCCCUGACGCGUGUCGUCUCAAAGUUGACCACAUCGGCACAAAGUCAACUUGCCAAAACCAAAUAAGAGCCAAAAGCACACACUCAAUACAAACACACACACACACACAAGUCGAUCAUUCAAUUUGUUAGCAAUUAUCCACGAAAAUGAACACCCAAAACAUACUAUAUCUCUUUUUUCUAUUUAUUAAAUAAAAACUGAAAUCAAAAUAAAUAUACAUAUAUACACAUACAACGAUGAUGUAUCGUAUCGCAUAUAGCUUAAAUAUAUUUAUAUAUUUAUCACACAAUUCGAUGUAAUUAAUUAAUAAUAGUAUAUGACAUCAGAUAACAAUUCAAUCAAAAGAAUAAGCAAAAUUUCGAACGUGCAACAAUAAUUAUUUGUAGCUAAUAAAUUAAGUUCACAUGCGCUCAUUGUAAAUGGCUGAUAUAUUGAAUUAACACGUAAAUAGUUUUAAGCAAUUUAAUGAGUCGUCGAGCACCUUUUCUACUUUGCUAGCAAAUUGAGUUUAAAUAAGCACAGCUGCUGCCUGUAAUAUUCGUCGUAAUAAUCACAAUCACAAUGGUACUCUUAUUUAUACUACUAUAUCUAUAUAUAUGUAUUUGUAUUAUCACGGCUUGUGCCAAUGUUUUUGGCAAUUCGAAUUUCUUUAGGUAGCAACAGAAAUACAAUCUUGUAGUUUAAUGUAUGCCUAAAAUAUUUAUAAUAUCAGUUGUUAACUUAUUAUGCAUCUAAACAAACAUUUAAUAAGCUGUAAACCAAAAACCAAAAAGAAAAAUACUUAAAUCAAAUUGAAAAGCUUCGGAACCAACGAUACAAAUCCACUGCUCACCUGCUACGCGCUGCCCACCUUCCCUGCAGCAGCUGCAGUUCCAGGUCCAGGCACCAGGUGGCACCAACUCUCAACGAUUACUGCACGUGCUUAACGGUAAAUGUCUUGCCACCCAGGACUGCACUCUCACACCAAAUCCACACACUGACAAGAACUGUUCAGCAGUACAUUGUGUCCAUAUCCAUAUACUACUUAUAUGGGCUGUUGUUUUUGUUGUUAUGUGUAUUUUAUUUAAAAUAAAACAAAGAUAAUAAACACCAC